UUUUAUUAGAGUCACGUGGUGCUUCAGCUUCGAGUCACACCCAUUGUACAUACUGUAUUGUGUACUAUGUAAGUAUGUAUCGAGGAAGGAUAUUACCUGUACGUAACCAAACCUAGGAAUGAGAACUCUGCCAUCUAUAUAGUCUGUGUCACUUCAAGAAGAUGAUAUUUCAUGCAUUUCUGUUGCUGACUUGUGUCUUUCUGGAGUUCAGCCCUGCCUACAUGGAAUCUUCCAAAGGACCAGAAGUCGAGCAGUUAAAGUGUUACACCUGUAAAGUGGACUUCAGCGUAGAGAAUUAUUCCCUGGAUAACGAAUGUAUUAAUCCUAAAGAUACAAACAGCCAAAGCAUCUGCAGCCCUAACUCUAAUUACUGUCAGACAGAAAUAACUCUCGUCGGAGGUCAGAUAAGCACCUUUGAACGUCGUUGUGUGGAAAACUGUUUUCCACUUUGUACUGAAAGGGGUUUUGGUAUCGAGAAAUCAACAUGCAUCUCGUGUUGCAAGAACAACCCUGCUUGUGGGCCUGAAGAAUACUGAUGUACGUCUUUUGAUUAGAAUUUGCAAGCACUUUGUUUGAAUCGGGCACAAUAUUAAAAAAAAAUCGAUUUUUUUUGCUAUUUUUGAAACAUAGUCUAUAUAAUAUAAACAGUCAUGAUGGAAUAAAAUACUAAAAUACAAUGUUAGCUAAUUAUGAACUUUUUCUUAGGAAUGUCUGGAAUCAUAAGCAUUAAAAACCUAAUUAGUCUGAAGAAUCUAGUCUGAUUUUAUAAAGAGUAAAUUACGCAAAAGCUGGUAUAUAUUUAUAAAAUGUUUGCUUAUUGCAAGGCAACAAAUGGGUUAUCUCCACUCUGUCCACCGCGAGGUAUCGAACCCCGUUUUAGCAUCCGUAAACGUACUUCCGACUCAUCGGGAGAUAAAAUGUUACCAACAAUUAGCAGCUACUAUUUUUAUUAACUGGAUAAGGUUACAAGAAAAUUAUGAAGAUGUUUUUGUAACACAGUCUUUGCAAGCUCUUCAUAAACAUGAGUUUCAUAAAACACAAAUUCAGCUUUCAUGUAGCUGUCGGAACAAGUGGAGAAAGUUGAAUGAGUUUAUUAUUAAAUUACUUCGUUACUCAUUAACUUCAGGAUUACUUCUCUUGUGUCUUCCCACUCCCCAGUUCCAGUCAUAUAUUGAGCCUCACUGUAUCAAAAUAGCCCCAAAUGUCCACAUAAUUGUAUAAAUCACCGUGAAGGUGUAGUUCUCAUAAGUUUGCUUCGAACUCUUUUUUUUUCUUCCAAUCUCAUUUUGCUUCCAACACUUAUAUUUAAAUUCAAGAAUGAAACAAUACAGAAACUUCAAAGAUUGGUGCAACUAGGUGGAGUCUAAUAUGCCAGACAAUUAACAGAAUGAGAGUCAGUGGUAAGAACAAUGUAUGUUAGAUUGUGAAAAGAAAGGAAUAAGUAAAUUAUUUCAAUGCAAAAUUGGUGAACAUUUAUUAUUAAAGUUGGUUCAUGGAAUGAGUUAGACACCCGACUGCUUGUUUUGUUGAAUUUCGCGCAAAGCCAGUCGAGAGUUAUUUGCGCUAGCUGUUCUUAAUUUUGAAAUAAUAGAUUGGAGGGAAAGCAGCUAUUCAGCACCAUCCACCGCCAGCUCAUGGGCUACAGUUUUAGAAACGACUAGUGGGAUUAACUAUUAUAUUAUAACGCUCUCAUGGCUGAAAGGGUCAGCAUCUUAAGCGACGGGUUUCGAUUUCAUACACACAGGUUCCUCAUAAGUAAGUAUGUGGGAUUAUAACGUUAAAAAUCGGGUUUCGAUAGCCGCUGUGGGCAAAGCACAGAUAGCCCAUUGUGUAUCUUUGUACUUAACACGCAAAGCGCAUAGCAGUUGAUUUUUAAGCCUUUUCUCCUUUGUUUUACGAAAUAACAAUUCAAUAAACUUUAUUCAGAUUAGAAUACUGUCGUUAUAAAAAGUGAUUGGUAUUUGGUUACCAUACUUCAAAGAACAAAAUAACGUGAAAGUAAAUAACUAAAAAAACGUAUGUUUAAGGUUUCACUUAAUGCUGAAAUAAAUGAUGGCUCGUCUUUUUUCAAACACUAUUUCAAUUGAUUGCUACUAAUUCUAAAAUACAUUUUAUUUUAUUUCAUUAGUGAAUUUUUUAUCAACAGUCAAAUAAAUUCACAGGCUUUCGCUGAAAUAUAAGCUCGACUUAAUUUUGAACCAAGAUAAACUCCCAUCCCAGACUUUUCCCUGAAAACAACAACAUAUCUAAAUAUUUGGCCUCCAGUGGUUCAGCGUAAAGCCUGAAGACUUAUAACGCUAAAAACUGGGUUUCGAUACCCUUGGUGGGCACAUCACACAGAAAGCCCAUCGAGUAGUUUUGUGCUCAAACAAUAAACAAACUUAAUAUGUGUAGAUAACUGUUUGUGUCUAGUUAAGUUUAAAAUAUUUCUAAAAGCAUCUUUUAUAUUCGGAACUUUAUUUCAAUUGAAUGUUUGGAUUAAUUACUGAAUCGUAAGUUUUCUAUUUCACUCCGAUUUUUCAAGUUUAUUGUUUGUCUACGAUGGAAAGUUUCUCGAAUGUCUGAAGCGGUAUAAGACGUAGACAAUCAAUAUACGCACCACACGAUGCGUUAGCCAGUUGCUGGUAUAGAGGCGUUGUUGAAUAUUUUACAUGCCUAGAAGUGAAGCUCCAAGCCUGUAGGAAAACGAGAUUACAGUUGAUUUUGUUGUUUUAUCUGUUUACAAUAAAAAUAUAUAUUUCAGGGUGUUUUUUC